AUGGAGGCUGCUAAAGGCUCAUCACCAUUUGCGUUUUAUGCAUUUUAUCAACUUUAUGCUCAUUUGAAUCCGGGGAAGAUAAACACCUUUUCUUUGGAGGAGAUUGCAAGGAUUUUAUACCCCGGUUUCAAGAUAGAUUAUAAUGAAAAAACUUCCUUGUUCAUAACUUGGAAGAAAAAGUCAAAUAAGCAUCAUAGAGAAAAUACGAACGAAGGGAGUUAUCUACUCAGAGGAUGCAUCGGUACUUUUGCUAAGAUGCCAAUUGCACAUGGUAUCGAAAAGUAUUCCUUGAUUGCAUCUUUAGAAGAUAGGAGGUUUUCCCCAAUUCAAAAAAGGGAACUGCCGGACUUGAAAUGCAGUUGCAACAUUUUGAGCCACUUCAAAAUUAUCUUCCAAGGAGGUAAUAAUCCAAACGGUGACAUUUUCGAUUGGGAACUCGGAAAGCACGGUAUUGAAUUGUAUUUCAAACAACCAAAAACAGGCACCAUAUGUAGUGCGACCUUUUUACCCGAUGUUAUGCCUGAACAGCAUUGGAAUAAAGAGGACACAUUUGCCAAUUUAAUUGAGAAAGCAGGCUACUGGGGCAAUAUCAGCGAAAUAAUGAAUAACUUUGAGAUUUAUUUUAUUAAGGUAAUAAGGUAUGAAGGUAAUAAAAGUUCGAUAACCUUUGAGGAAUUUGAGAAAAAAAUAAAUGGUAUGGAUAAUAAGAAUACCAGCUCUUAUUAG